UUCACUGGCUGUGUAGAGUGCGGGAUACAAGGAUGCCGAACAGGCAGCCGCUUAUUCCCUUCCUGGACUUUACAGCCCGGUCUCUGAUAAACUCUGCUGAACCAACUCUUCAUCCAUUGCGAGGCUUUUAUUCCUCGUAGGUUUGUCUCAUCUUUUUAAGGAGAGAGGUAGAUUUAUUUGACUGACCCGGUGCCGGGCUGAGACGCUCCGCGCACACACAGAACUGGGAGCGAUCAGACCACAACAAAAGACACGAGAUGACAGAGGGCCGUCUGUGUCAGGUUCACCUCCUUGAUGGCAGGAAGCUGGAGUUGCUGGUUCAGCCCAAGCUGUUGUCCCGUGAGCUGUUAGAUUUGGUGGCCUCACAUUUCAACCUGAAGGAAAAAGAAUACUUUGGGUUGUCUUACAUAGAUGACACUGGCCAGAAUAACUGGCUCCACCUGGAUCGUAAAGCCCUCGAUCACGACUUCUCCAAGACUUCGGGGCCUUUGGAACUCAAGUUCCUGGUGAGGUUUUAUAUUGAGAAGAUCACUUUUUUGAAAGACAACACAACAGUGGAGCUGUUCUUCCUGAAUGCUAAAUCUUUAGUGUUCAAUGAGACCAUCGAAGUGGAGAGUGAAAAUGUUUUCAAGUUAGCCGCAUUCGCAUUGCAGGAGGCCAAAGGAGAAUACACCAGUGCUGAGAUUGCCAGGUCAGACCUGAAGCAGCUCCCAGUUCUGCCCACCAGAGUAUUAAGGGAGCACCCAUCUCUCAAUUACUGUGAGGACAAAGUUAUUGAACAUUACAAGAAACUGAAGGGACUGACCAGAGGACAAGCCAUUGUGCAGUAUUUGGCCCUGGUGGAGUCCCUGGCAACAUACGGAGUCCAUUAUUACCCAGUCAAGGAUAAGCAAGGAAUACCGUGGUGGCUGGGAGUCAGCUAUAAAGGCAUUGGCCAGUAUGAUUUGCAGGAUAAACUGAAACCAAGAAAGUUGUAUCAGUGGAAGCAGUUAGAGAAUUUGUAUUUCCGCGAGAAGAAAUUUGCCGUGGAAGUGAACGACCCACACAGAAGAACAGUGACCAAGCAAACUUUCGGACAGACUGGUCUGGUUAUUCACACAUGGUAUGCCAGCCACUCUCUGAUUAAAACCAUCUGGGUGAUGGCCAUCAGUCAGCACCAGUUCUACCUGGACAGGAAGCAAAGCAAAUCAACGAUGACCACAACCAGGAGUUCAGGAGACAUCGCCAUGGACCUCACAGAGAUCUGUGCCCCACGUAUCAGUAAACUUUCCAGCAUUGAGAGCAGAGACCAGCUUAUCAUGGCCAGCAACGGAAGCCUCAUCUCUGCCGGUUCGGCUGACUCUGAAGUCAGCGAGGAACAGAAGAAAGAGAAGGUUGCUGAGUUGAAAAAGAAAGAGAAGGAACUUAAAGACACACUGACACAGAAACUUGAGGAACUGAAAAAGAUCUGCAUGAGAGAAGCUGAACUUACUGGCAGAUUGCCUAAAGAGUAUCCCUUGGCCACAGGUGAGAAAGCUCCUCAUGUACGGCGCCGUGUUGGGACAGCCUUCAAGCUUGAUGACCUUUUCCCCUAUGAUGAGGACCCGCAUCUGAGAAAUCUGGAGAGCAGGUUCGCCUUGCAGCAGAAGAUCGUGGAAGCAGCCAUCAAGUUAUCCAACGAGGGUGACCUCUGCAAGACGGUGAAGAAAAAGAGGAGAAACAACUGUCUGGAUGCGAUGAGGAAGCUGGAGGAGAUCGAGAAGGAGAUCAACUCCUACAGGAUCAAGAAAGGAAGGAAACCCACCCAGAGAGCCUCACUGAUCUUAGCAGAUGAUGUCAACCCUUCAGACCUCAGCUCUCUAUCUGACAGCCUCACUCUGGAUGACGAUGAUGAGCUCAGUUCCCAGAGGCAGCGGUCCAGAUCGGUUCAGUAUUCCCCAAGACCACACCAUGCAGAAACCCUGGACAUCCACUACAACAAUGAAAGACGGGACUCUGCCAAUGACGAGCAUGCAGACAGCAGAUUAUAUUACGGCCAAGACCAGGAAUCUCUCCACUAUAGUCACCGUAAUGCCUUAUCAAGCCACAGCAGCCCGUUUAAACUGGCUUCCAGACAGCCACGUGAUGCCCGCAGCAUGCCCCCCACCCCCGUCCUUACCCGCAACGCCUACAGCAGCACUCACCUCAGAUCAGAGGAUGCUCCACAACAUUUCCGCCAGCGUAGCGGUAGUCUGGAGUCCCAGUCUCAGCUCCUGACAGAGACAGAACCCCCCGUGCCAACGUGCACCUUCCCCCCAGCCCGACGCAGCAACAGCACCGAGGUCCUCGAUGACGGCUCCUCCUACACAAGCCAAUCCAGCGUUGAGUACAGCAUCCCUGGUAACCACACGCACAGGCGCAGAGCUCGCGGCCGCCACAGAAAAGACAUGUACGCCAACACGGGUAGCAUGCCUAACCUGGCUCAGCCCGACACCCGCUGCUACGCCUACCAGCCACAGGCCAGACCCACCACGACGGCCUACUACGUGACGGGUUAUCCCAGCUAUGCAGAACCAGAGCCUUACUCCAAUGGCGUCUACGUGUACGGCAAUGAGAUGGAGGGACACUAUAACGUCAAUCCUUCCUACAACCCCGCCCCAACAGCUUAUCACAGCCACGACAUGCACAGUCACUAUGGUAACGACGAGAUGGACAGCAUGUUGCAGAACCCGUACGCCACGCUGCGGCCACCCAGGAACCGCCAGGUGCCCCGCAGCAACGAGCAGGUCGGCAAGAACAUCCAGAAGGCUUUGGUGGCUGAACACUUGAGAGGCUGGUACCAACGGAACGCUGCACACAAACAGGCAGCAUACAACUACGACUAUGACAGAGGCUCCCAGCAGCCUCCACCCCACAGCCACAACGGCAGGAACAUCUCCUACUCCUCAGUGUCCUCAGCGUCCUCCAAUGUAAACUGGCACAACCACAUGAGUGGUGGUGGUAUGUCAGAAUAUGACAUGCCCAUGCACACGCCGCAGACCUACUCUUACAGUACAGCCCCCUACAGCCACCCCGCCCACGACAGAUCCUACAUAGAUGUCAGCCAAAUGGACUCACCCAUCAGUAACCAAAUGCACACUGACCUGGAGCCCGAGGAGAAGAUUUACUGGCAUGAAGACUCAAAACCGGGAACAAUAGUGUAGAUGCCUGUCUCUCAAUGUGCCAUAUGAAUUUUCACCUUGACAAGUUGUCAUUGUGCCUUAGAUUGCACUUACCUGUUCUGCUCAAGAGGAUCCAAAGAAUGAAGGAACUAAACUUCUGUGGGAUUCAGCGUGUAAAGGAAAUGAAGCCCUCUCAUUUUCUGUUCUCUUGAAUGCGAUUGCCAAACUGACCCACAACUUUGUGUUUAAAUCAUAACAAAACCCCACGGGAGUGUCUUCAUGUCUGGAUUGCAAGUUUGUGGUGAUGGCACUUGUGCACUGAAGCUAUACCAGGACCGGAUGUGGACUAAACUUCUCCAGUGUUUUACUGAAGACAUGCGGGCUUCACCAACCAAGGACUAGGACUGUCUCUCUGAGAGGACACCGAGCCGCAACGAACAACGCUCUGCACACAUGUAUGAACAAUGUAACCAUGAAGGAUUGGACAAGGAUUUAUAAGGACAUUAUCAAAAUGAAGGAUUGAACUCAUUAAAAAUGAGUCAAAAAGAUGGCUACUUCCUGUAGCAUUCUGCAGUCACCAGAACUAGUUUUAUCAUUGCAUAGCUUGUAUCUACCACACUUUAAUCUAGUUUGUCAUAUACAAAGUAUUCAAUCUAUCUCAUGGUCAGUGCUUACAGUACAAUUGAGCCAAAUACAUGUCACCAUUUGAGUAUUACCGAAAAGCCCAAACUUUGAUAUCACUGCCACAUCUGAUAAGUCACUGCAGGAAGACAGAAAAUCCAGUUUUGUUGUUUAUUUUAACAUGGUUAUUUUAUCCAUGCUGGAAAUCAUGGACUGGUGCUCCCAAUUUCUCUUAAGAGAAUCAAGCUGUAUGUAAAUGUUGGUAUUGUAAAUACACUGGUUCUGUCUUUUUUUUAGAGCAUUUUUUUAUGUAUUUGAGAAGCAUGUAAUAUAUAGUAAACAACUGUUGUUAAGCUGGUUCUUAGUAAUUUGUAUAAUUGCAUUUGUUUGAAUUAAAAGAAAAUCGGCAUUUGAAACCGUU